ACAAAAAUAUCAGCUAAAUUUACAAGAAAGAUAAGAAACAACGAAAAAAAUGGAUGAAACUCCAAUUAAUUUGGAAAAUAUUUUGGAACAAGCUCCAAAAUGGACAUUUGCUGGUGAUUUUACACUUCUACAAUGGAUGAAUCAAAUAUCACAGGAUUUGGAAACUAGAGCUACAAAAACUACAGAUGCUUUAGCAAAACUCAAUAAUAAUAUUAGAUCAACCAAUAUAGCAUUGGAUAAUGUGGCCAAUAGUCUGACCACUUUGCAGUUUGGUAAUCAGUUUGUUGAAUGUCGGGUGCAAGAUGAUGAUGAAACAUUGGCAAAUGAAGCCACUGGCAAUGAUAGUGUUAAGCCAAUUGAACAUACUCCCUCAUCCAAAGAAAUACUUAAUAAAUUUCUGGAUAAUAAUCUUAAAGUCCUUAGAAAUUGUCACGAAAAGUAUUCAAUUGAUCUUGAUGAUUCUGAUGAGGAUGAAGAAGGAAAUUCUAAAGAAAAAACCUGCAUUUAUCAACCCAUUAAUCCUUAUAAUGAAAAGCCUCUACCCUUUAUAUUUGGCUCAAAGGAUUGGCAUGCUAAAUGGCAUGUGGGUCUAUAUGAAAAUCAACAAGAAAAUAACUAUUCUGGUGAUGAAAUAUCCGAAGCAUUUUCAGAAUCAUCUUCAACUUCACACUUGGAUGAUAAUGAAUCAUUUGAAUCGAAUACCGAAUGGGCGUCAAGUAAUUCCAUUGAUAAUGACAAUUUAAAUACAAAUAUUGAGGUUAAAAAUGCCUCUACUUUACGAGGAUCACAGCCGCUACAUCCAGGAACACCAAGUAUACCCAUCAAUGUGGCCAGAAAUAAAGCAACAAUUAGUGAAUCGUCCUCACUAUCUACACCAUCAUCAUCUUUGGCUAAGAAUUCUUUGAGAACUACAAAACAAACGGAUAAUUUAACACAAAGAUCAGAGAGUAAAACUUCAUUAAACUCUAAGAUAUCUUCUAAGGGAUCAACUAAGGUUUCGGUCAACAAUAAAGAAACUCCUCCUAUGCAAUAUAGACAACAACCUCAACCAUUUGUAGAUUUAUUUGCUGAACCACCAGAAGAUCUAGAAUCUUCAACAACAUCUUCAUCGGUGUCCUCUGCUCAAAAUGUUGUAAGACCUCAAGAUAAUACACGUUCUUUGAAUGCAGAAAGUCCGUCUGUUUUUAAAACUCAACCUCCUCCCUUUGUGGAUCUUUUUGCUGAGCCACCAGAAGAUAUACCUUCAUCUACAGCAUCCUCCUCAAUAUCUUCUGGUCUUAAUAUUAAACGUAAAACAGUUAAUCUCUUCGAUGAUGAUGAAGACGAUUUAGCUAAAGAUGAUUUAUUGUCCGCCUUAACUAAAAAAGAUGAAUUGGUUGCAACCAAAACUGAUGUAAAGAAAACUUUAACACCUGCUAAGGCCACCAUUAUAGAGAAACAACCCUUAACUAAAAAAGAUGAAUUUGUUGCAACUAAAACUGAUGAAAAGAAAACUUUAACACCUGCUAAGGCCACCAUUGUAGAGAAACAACCUUUAAAUAUAACGAAAACUCCCAAAACUCUUUUUGAAGAUAGUGAUGAUGACGAUGAUGAUUUCUUAAAAGCUUUUGCACAAAAAACUGCCUCUAAAGCAGCCACUAAAAGCACUUUAACUAAAACUCUAUUAUUCGACAAUGACUUCCCAGAACCUUCUUUAGAAACGAACUCAAGUAAAACUCAGGAAAAUAUUGCAAAACCUAAAGUACGAAAUAUAUUUAAUGAUCUUGAAGAUAAUGAAGAUGAUUUAUUUGUUAAGAAAACAAAAGAUGAGUCCAAACUUUUAACUCAAGAGCCAAAAAUUACGGAUCAUGCUAAACUAGAGAAGCCGUUUGUUAAAACUGAAAUUAAAAAGAUGCCUGUUAAUUUAUUUGAUGAUUCUAAAAUGGAGCAACCAGUUAUUGAAAAUAAAAACAAAUCUGUUAAACUAUUUGAUGAUUUUGAGGAUGAACCUAUAAGUGAAAAUUUGUCUAUCAACAAAAAACCAAAGAAAAUAAAUCUAUUUGAUGAUUUGGAAGACGAGGAGGUAGAUGAUUUAUUUUCUAUUAAAACAAAACAAACUAGUAUCAAGAAAACUCCCAUAGAAAGUAGUUUAAAGGAAAAACAAGUAGAAUCCUUCGAAGUAACAAACAAAGAAGUUGAUAGAGAAGAUAUUGGAAAGAAAAUAAAUGAAAAUAUUCUGGAGGAAAGUAGCCUGAAAGACAAUGAAGCAAAAACCUUAGUAGAAACAAAUAAACAAAUAGAAACAAAAGAAAUUGUUAAUGAAAAAUCACCAACUGUGAAGGAAAAUAAUGAAUGUAAAAUUGUUAGUGAAGAUCAGAUUCUUGAAAGAAAUACCAACAAAAAAGAAACAAUUCCUGAAAAAACAGAAGAUAAAGAACAUGUUAAGGAUAUAAAAGUUUUAGACAAUAAAGAAAACAAAACAACAGAUCAAUCUAAACUCUUUGAAAAUGAUGAAAAUCAACUUUCUAAAGAAACUACAAAAGCUACUGAGACCUCAACAGAUUUAUCAAAGUUAGAGUCAAAGGAAAUUCCAAUAGAUCAUAAAGAACUAAUUAAUAAUGAUAGCACCUCAAUAAUACCCGAAAAAACUAUCACGGUAGCAGCAAAUACAAAACAAAUAUCGAAUACAUCUAAUAAAUAUGACUUUAAUUCAGUUUUAUUAUUCGAUGAACCACCCGAAGAUGAUAAUGCCUUCUUUGAAACGCUUACAAAAACUCCACAGGCUCUUAAUAAUAAUUAUAAUGCCAUAGAUUUGGAACAUGAUUUAUAUGAACCUGAAUUACCGAAAGUACCUGUGGCUAGUGCCAGUUCUAAUCAAACGGAUUCUAUUGAUACUAAAACGAAUAAUUUAUAUACUGGUUUGCAGCUAUUUAGCGAUAUACCUCCAGAUGAUGAUGAUGAUCACGUUGCUGCUAAUGAUACUUCUAAUCAUUCGCCCGAUGUUAAUUCUACUAAACGUUUACAUAGUGUAUUCUAUGAUGAUUUCAAUGAAACUUUAAUGGCUUUAAAUCAAAAUCAAAUUGUAAAAGAUAUAACAGCACAUUCUAUAUUCAGUGAAGAGCCACCGCCCAUUAAUGAGGAAUUAAAAUCUACAACUAGUAAAGAUACUAUAGAUCAUAAAGUACCUGAUGUUAAGGAGUUGGAGUUGAAAAAAGAUGACAAACUUAAGGGUUCUGAAAUAGCAGCUAAACUUGAAGAAGCUUUAACAAAACCUAGUAAUAAAAAUGACACUACAGCAGCAGCAGCAAAACGACCAGUUUCUAAAUUACAAAUGCCUCAUAUAAAUAUUAACGUUCAAGCUCUCUUACCAGGUGCUAAUAAUACUUUGAGAAAAACCAAAGAUGAGGCAACAAAAUCGAUUACAAUAGAACAAGAUAAUAAUGAUGUAAAGGAUAACAUUUCUACAGCGCAAAUAAAGGAAAAGAAAGCGAGUAGCUCAACAAAGCCAACAGCAGAGAUAACUAGAACAGCUGAAACUGAACAUAUAUUACCCAGUGUUACAAAAAAUCGUGUUAGAGGUCCAGCCGCCCGAAGACCCUCCACACGCAGGGCCAGACAAGAAAAUUAUCGCAAGAGUAUGCUUGAAGAACCAGUAACAUUAGAAAGUGAUGAUGAAAAUAAGGAGUUAGAAAGUAAAAAGCUUGAAACAAAUCAUCCUAUAACCUCGCCAAAGGAUGGGCAAUCACAAAUUAAUAAAGAGAUUCAAAAGAGACUAGUUGAAAAGAUAAAAGAUGAAACUCUUAAGACCACAACCCCCUUAACAUCUACUUUGUUUGAUGAUAAACUAACAGAACAAAGUAACAUUUCCCAUAUAAGCAAAAGUUUAAAUUUGGAAAACAAAACGGAAAACUUUAAAGAGGAAACAACAACAUCUUCAUCAAAAGAAAGUGUGACAAACUUAACAAAUAUUGCAAAAGAUAAAUCAGAUAUCUUUGAACCAAAGGAAAAUGUUAACAAAUUACAUAAAAAGGAAGAAAUUAAACAAAAACCAAUACAAACAAAGACAUCAUUACUUUUUGUCGAUGACGAAGAAGAGGACGAUGAUGAUGAUCUAUUUAAACAUAUCAAAAUUUCGAAAACAACUACAAUAACAACUAAAACAGAGACAAAAUUAAAUAAAAAUGAUAAUAGCGCUACAAAUCUGUUUGCUAAUAAUCCUAAUGUUCAAGUCACAAAAGGGCAACCAAAACCAUCGACUUCAAAUGCCGAACCAAAUGCACAUGUUGAUUCUAACACUUUAACUACAACGAAACCUGACAACAAUAACAAACAACCUAUAAAAGAUAAAACAAAAACUGAGAUUACAAAAAAAGCAUCAUUUUUCGAUGAUGAUGAUGACGAAGAAGAUGAUAAUGAUGUCGAUUUAUUUAAGACUAACAUACAAACUAAACAAACAACCAAUAAUUCCAAUACCUUAGAGGAGAGAAAUAGAAUAGCCAAAUCUAAAUUUAAAUCAUUUUUAGAUAGUGAAAGUGAUGAAGAACCUAUUGUAGCUGGUCUACAAACAACGGCAACAACAACAUCAUCACAACAUACUAAAACGGCAUCGACUAACAAACUUCCAAAUGUUAACAUUCCAUCAAUAAAGGAUACAAAUACGAAAUUAUUUUCCGAUUCCGAUACGGAUAGUGAUGAUUUGUUUGGCAAAUUGUCAUCAACUAAAACUUCAAAUAAUAAAAUAUCUACAGAAACUACGUUGAAAAGUCAAAAAACUCAAAUCAAAGCUCAAACCAAAUCUUCAUUAUUUAGUGAUGACAGUGAGGCUGAUGAUUUUCCCAUCUCCUCUAAGAAUACUGCUAAAAUUGCGUCAUCCAAGAGUUUAUUGAAAGAAAUUAAACCAAAAACCGCAGCUCAAACAAAUACAAGUCUGUUUAGCGAUGUAGACAGCGAUGAAGAUGAUUUAUUUGGUAGUGUAGCGUCAAAAGUGGCAACUACAACUGCAACAAAUAUAACAAACAUUAGAGCAACAACAAAUAUAUCCAAUACAAAAGUAACAACAGCAACAACAACAACAAAACCCAUUGCUUCUACAGCCGAAGUAACUAAAUCAAAAACUAUAGCAGACAAUCCCUUAGCUGAUUUAUUAUAAAAAUGCUAAAUUAAUUUAAACUAAUUUUAUUAUAAUUAUUGUAAUAUGUAAUUAAACAAAAACCCUAAACUGUUAUUUACUAUUUAAUAUUUUAAAUGAAAAAAAAAAAACGAAGAAAAAAGUGCAUUGAAAUUCGUAUAACGAAUUAAGUUUAUUUUAAAAUAAUUAUUACGAGUAUAUUUACAUAGACAGUUUUCUUUAGAUAAACUUA